AUGUCAGUUGCCUGUCUCGUGCGCCUGGUCAGGUGCAGUGGUUCUCCAGUUGGUCGCAGUGGUCUCUUCCAGAAGGCUCUUGUCCCACCGCCAGUACAGCACGACGCUCAUCCAGAGUUAACAGUCUUCAGUCGUAAGCUUCAGGGGCCCUCGGGAACACGAUACAGCAACACACGCUUUGAUCCGGACAGCAGUGGCCGCCUCACCACUUGGGAUUCGUUUGGCAUUUGGGACGAUCGUAUUGAUGAGCCCAUCCUGCUGCCCCCCAGCAUUCGUUAUGGCAAGCCUAUUCCUAAGGUUAGCUUAUCCAGGGUAGGCUGUGCCUCCCUCAUUGGUCAACGCAAGGAAAAUGAAGACCGCUACAAGGUUUCCCAAAUGACGGACAGCAUCCUUUACUUUGCCGUGUUUGAUGGACAUGGCGGACCAGAGGCAGCUGACUUCUGUCAAAAAUACAUGGAGAAAUACAUUAAGGACCUUCUUGCAGAAGAAGACAACCUGGAACUACUUCUAACGAAAGCCUUUCUUGAAGUAGACAAAGCGUUUGCGAGACACUUACACUUUUCUCCGAAUGGACCGGGGAUAAAUGCAGGAACCACUGCCACUGUGGCCCUGCUGAGAGACGGCAUCGAGCUGGUGGUGGCCAGCGUGGGAGAUAGCCGGGCCAUGCUGUGCCACAAAGGCAAGGCCCUCAAGCUCACCGUCGACCACACGCCCGAGAGGAAGGACGAAAAGGAGAGGGUCAAGAAGAGCGGCGGGUUCAUCACGUGGAACAGCCUGGGACAGCCCAACGUCAACGGCAGGCUGGCCAUGACGCGCAGCAUCGGAGACUUUGACCUGAAGAAGAUGGGCGUCAUCGCUGAGCCCGAGACCAAAAGAAUAAUGCUGCAUCACGUCCAUCACUCAUUCCUGGCGCUGACCACAGAUGGCAUCAACUUCAUCAUGAAUAGCCAGGAGAUCUGCAAUGUGAUCAACCAGUGCCACGACCCCAAAGAGGCGGCUCAGAGGAUAUCCGAUCAGGGCAGAAACAAAAAGUCCAACCGCCUGUGUCCUGCCUCUCAGGCCACUCCUUCUCACGUCACUCUCUCCACACUUCUCUCUCAGGCUCUCCACUAUGGGUCUGAGGACAACAGCACCAUCAUCGUGGUGCCUUUUGGAGCCUGGGGGAAGCACAAGAGUUCGGACACGAGCUUCUCCUUCAGCAGGAGCUUUGUGUCCAGUGGCCGCUGGGCCUAG